GUAGAGGGCUUUGUGGGUUAGAAAAGUUGGCCGACAUCAGUGUUCUCGGGGUUUUGACAGCGUAUAGUGUGUUUGGAACGCUAAGUGUUUUUCUUCAUUUAUUUUUCCUUCCGUCAGUUAUAAAAACAAAACACAUACAACAUGGAUGCCAUCAAGAAGAAGAUGCAAGCGAUGAAGCUUGAAAAGGAUAACGCCAUUGAUAAGGCCGAUACCUGUGAAAAUCAAGCUAAAGACGCAAAUGCUCGCGCCGAUAAGCUCAAUGAAGAAUUACGUGAUUUGGAAAAAAAAUUGGUGCAGGUUGAGGUUGAUUUAGUCGCCUCAAAAGAAGCUCUCGAAAAAGCUAACCAAGAUUUAGAAGAGAAAGAAAAAUUGUUGACUUCUACUGAAUCUGAAGUAGCCACUUUAAACAGGAAGGUACAACAAAUUGAAGAAGAUUUAGAAAAAUCUGAGGAACGCUCAACCACUGCCCAACAAAAAUUGUUGGAAGCCACACAAGCUGCUGAUGAGAACAACCGUAUGUGCAAAGUAUUGGAAAAUCGUUCUCAACAAGAUGAAGAGCGUAUGGAUCAAUUGACUAAUCAAUUGAAAGAAGCUCGUAUGUUGGCUGAAGAUAAACCAAAGAUUUUUGUUUAA